AUGUUCUGCCACUGCUCGGCGAAAUGUGUACUCGUACCAUUUUUAUUUGCAAUCAGUAUUUGUUCGAUAAAUCACGUACAGACAAUAGAUAUCGCCGCUCCGGUGGUGACGAUUCCUCAAGGAACCCUGCAAGGAAUAAUUCGAACAACUAAUCAUAAUCGUAAUGUUUCUGCGUUCUUGGGAAUUCCGUAUGGACAACCACCAAUUGGGAAUCUCAGAUUUGCAAAUCCCGUGGCUGCAGAUGGCUGGAAUGGAUCUCGCAACGCUACCGUGGAUUUGAGUAUGUGCCCUCAAAACUCGUGGGACAUUGUUGUGGGCGAUGAAGACUGCUUGUGGCUAAAUUUAUAUACACCGCAGCUUCCGGAGAACACGACCUCGGCGUUACUUCCAGUGAUGGUGUAUAUUUACGGAGGAGGUUUCAUGACUGGAAAUGCUAGAUCUGAUAGAUACGGCCCGGAAUACUUACUUGAUGCAGAUAUAGUACUGGUUCUUCCCAGUCAUCGUAUUGGUCCACUUGGAUUUUUGAGCACCGGUGACGAGGUGGCCUCAGGAAAUUGGGGACUCAAGGAUCAGGUCUUGGCACUGAAGUGGGUUCAAAACAACAUAAAGUACUUUGGCGGCGAUCCUGAUCGAGUCACAUUAGCGGGAGCGAGUUCAGGCGGUGUGUCCGUGCAUAUUUUGACGCUGUCAGAUGCAACAAUUGGGCUUUUUCACAAAUAUAUAACGAAGAGUGGAUCAGCUCUCACACCGUGGGCUUACAAACCCAGAGCUGCUUCUGCGAACCGCGCUUUUCAACUUGGCGAGUACGUCGGGUGUUUCAACGAAACGUCGGAAUCUCUAAUCAAUUGCUUGCGAACCAUUGACUUUGCUGACAUUAUCGCCACGCAACCGUUGUUUUUUGAGUGGCACGCAUAUCCAAACGACGUAUGGGGCCCGACCGACGAGCUGGAUGUCGAAGGCGCAGUACUAACCGACAGUCCCACGAAUCUUUUUGCUGCUGGAAAAAUUCGUGACCUGCCUUGGAUUUCGGGUGUUGUCCGCGACGAAGGAACCAUGCACAGUGGAGGUUUCUUCCUAAAUGAAGAACUGUUUCGAGAUUUCCUGGAGAAUUAUGACUUUGCCUUGCCUCGCAUUGUUGGCUUGACAUACCAACCAGACAACGGAACUGCUUACGUUAAUGGUAUAAAGUCAUAUUACUUGAACAACGAUCUGACCACCAACACAAGCGUCAUACUCGCUAACAUCACGCAUGCCUUCGGCGACGGCAUGUAUCGAUAUCCGGCCUACGAUGCACUUCUACAGCAACAUUCUCUGGCAAAGAAUCCACAGUACUUCUACACUUUCAAUUAUGAGGGCACUUUCACCAACUCUUACUUUUAUCACAAUACAACGAAAAAUUUGGGUGUAGCUCACGGUGACGAUACCUUUUACAUAUUUGCACCUGAGUUACAGUUUGCCGGACUAAAUAUCAACAAAACCACAUCCAAAAAAGAUUUAGAAAUGGUCGACAUCAUGGUUCAGUUGUGGACCUCCUUUGUGACCAAUGGAACUCCGACGACUUUGGCACUUAAUGGCACAAUAUGGAAACCAUACUCGGCUGCUGAGAACAACUAUCUUCAAAUUGGAAACGGGCCUGAAGUGGAGCUCAACGUUCGGUAUUCUUUCUUUGAGGAGCGAAUGCAGUUUUGGGCUACGCUAAAGGAAACCUUUAAGACCUCGACUGCCCUAUCAAAAGGCUCAUUUGUCACAACGACCAAAUUUUAUUCAAUAUUCGUACUUUUCUUAACUUUUUCAAAGAUGUUUUUGUAGCAGCGAUGAAGAAAUAGGUAGAAAAAUUCAGUCUAUUACAGACAACCAAAAUACGAAUCUCUGUAUAAUCGGCAUUAAAUAAAUAGUAGAGUCACGA